AUGGACAAUCACCUCUACGUUCACCGGAACAGGACCGAGCACGGUCGCGUUCUUUACACCGUUCGAAACCCCGAAGCGAAAGCCCAUCCCGAAGCCUUACCCGGAGUCCAUCACAAGGACGACGCGAUCGCUAUCGUUCAAAAACUCGAUCCCGAUCCCCUUCUCGUGGCAGAACCCGAUCUCGCAGUCGCAGUCGAGGUGGUCGCCGUUACAAUAGCCGGAGCGAAAGCCGCUCACUUACUCCCAACCCUAGCCCUCCAAGAAGUUCUAAGAUCGUGGUAG